CUCGGUUAAAGGCUGCUUUGUACGUUUGGGCUGGAAACGGCAGCUAAUACUCCGGCUAAAAAUAGUCAGGAGGUAGAGGCGGCGGCGGCGGCGGCGGAGACAUGGGAGACGGAGGCCAGGAAAACUACUACGGGAAACACGGCGAACCCAGAAAGUUUGAUCCAAAAUUUAAAGGACCCGUGGGAAAGAGGCGCUGUACAGACGUCCUUUGCUGCAUUAUUUUUGCGCUGGUGGUCCUGGGGUACAUCGCGUUAGGAAUUGUAGCAUGGAUUCACGGGGACCCGCGCAAAAUCAUCUACCCGACAGACAGCUACGGGCAGUUCUGUGGCCAAAAAGGGACGCCCAACGAGAACAAAACAUUCCUGAUGUAUUUUAACAUCCUGCGCUGUGCGAGCCCCGCCGUCCUCAUCAACCUGAUCUGCCCAACCACGCAGCUCUGCGUGUCGAAGUGCCCGGAUAGAUUUGCCUCCUACCUGGACGCGCAGAGUAACCGAUAUAACGGCAGCUACUGGAAUUACUACAGAGAGUUCUGCAAACCCGGCUUUAACAGCCCGCGGAAGUCUAUUGCAGAAGUCCUCAGGGAUGAAGAUUGUCCGUCUGUCAUAAUUCCAAGCAGGCCGUUUCUGCAGAGGUGCUUCCCCGAUUUUUCCACUAGAAAUGGAAUCCUGACCGUCGCGAACCGGACCGUGUUUAAAGAUGGCGUCGGGCAAAUGAGAAACGUGACGGACCUGCGAGAGGCGGCCAACCAUGUAACUGCCAUUCAACAUGGAGCUAAAAGUGGCAUCAACAGCGUGAUGGACGCGAGAUCGGUGGGGAUGAGGAUUUUCGAGGACUACGCAAGUUCCUGGCCCUGGAUCCUGAUAGCGCUGUUUAUCGCGAUGCUCGUCAGUCUGCUAUUCCUCGUGCUCCUGAGGUUCACGGCCGGAGUGUUUUUCUGGAUCUUUAUCGUCGGCGUCAUCGGAGUUGUCGGAUACGGGAUCUGGCACUGUUUCUGGGAAUACGACAGUCUGAGGGGAGUCCCCGGGGCGGAUUUAACCAUUUAUGACAUCGGGCUGCAGACGGACUUCAGGGUCUACCUACAGCUGCGGCAGACGUGGCUGGCGUUCAUGAUCAUUCUCUGUAUCGUGGAAGUUGUUAUCGUUCUGAUGCUGAUUUUCCUGAGGAACAGGAUCCGGAUUGCGAUCGCUCUGCUGGAGGAGGGGAGCAGGGCUAUCGGAUUCGUUAUGUCCUCCCUGUUCUACCCAAUCAUCACGUUCCUCCUGAUCGCCGUCUGUAUCUCCUAUUGGGCCGUCACCGCCGUUUUUAUGGCGACCUCCGGGGAAGCCGUCUACAAAGUGAUGUCAAAUAGAACGCUCUGCAAAUACGCUGGCGACACCUGCAUCCCUGAGACUUUUAACGCGACGAACGUGACGAGGCUGUGUCCCGGCUCGCAGUGCACCUUCGCGUUCUACGGCGGCGAGAGCUUCUACCAUCGCUACAUCCUGAUCUUCCAGCUCUGCAACGUCUUCGUCUUCUUGUGGCUGGUGAACUUCUCCAUAGCCCUGGGUCAGGUGACGCUGGCCGGCGCCUUCGCCUCGUACUACUGGGCGUUCCGGAAGCCGGCAGACAUCCCCGCCUGCCCCGUCUUCGCCUCCUUCGGCCGAGCGAUAAGAUUCCACACCGGCUCGCUGGCCCUGGGGUCCCUCAUCCUCGCCAUCGUCCAGUUCAUCCGAAUAAUAUUAGAAUAUCUGGAUCAUAAACUCAAAGCCGCUCAGAACGCCUUCGCCCGAUUCCUCCUCUGUUGUCUGAAAUGCUGCUUCUGGUGUUUGGAGAAAUUCAUAAAAUUUAUGAACAGAAACGCUUACAUCAUGAUUGCAAUUUAUGGGAAAAACUUCUGCACUUCAGCCAGGGAUGCGUUUUUUUUACUGAUGCGGAACGUGAUCCGGGUCGCCGUUUUGGACAAAGUAACCGAUUUCUUACUGUUUUUGGGUAAAGUUAUGGUUGCCGGAUCUGUCGGGGUCUUGGCUUUUUUUUUCUUCACAAGAAAAAUCCCCGGGCUCAGAGAGGAGACCCCGAAUCUGAAUUAUUACUGGGUCCCUCUGCUGACUGUGAUCAUCGGAUCGUACCUUAUUGCGCAUGGAUUCUUCAGCGUUUACGCCAUGUGUGUUGACACCCUUUUCCUGUGUUUUUUGGAAGAUGUAGAGAGGAACGACGGCUCGGCGGAGAAACCCUUCUACAUGAACAAAACGCUGAUGAAGAUCUUGAAGAAGCAGAAUGUUCCAGCGCGAGCGCGUUAACCCAGAAAUGGCAGGAAUCUCCCGUUGCCGCGCCGACGGAAACCAAACGACCGUUGUAUUUAUUACAUGUACAGACUUUAUACCAAAGGCUUAUAGGCAGCGCGGGAUCCCUGGUGGCUGCGCUCAGAAACGGGACGCAUGUAUUUAAAAAUUACAAAAAUUAACUAAAAAAAAAAGUUUUUGGGUUGGCAACGUAAGAGUUACAAUUCUUGUACACAUUUUUAAUCUAAGAAUUUUUAAUUUUUUUGGUGUAGUUUAUUUAAAAUAAAAAUAAGAGGAAACUUUCUCUGCAGGAAUUAAGGGCGUUAUUGGGGGAUUCGGAGGCCAUCCGGGGAAUAGCGAGAAGCCCCCGAUUUAAACAUUUCUGUGAACAUUACGGGCCGGGUAGCUUUUUAUUAGGUAGAAAACAUUCACCGACGCUACUGUUAAAGAUGUAAAAAAAAAUUAAAAAAAAAAAUGUA